AUGCCAGACGAUGCAGAGAGUCAGCCUCUUCUCGGCUCUACUGCCAAUAACCAGGAAAAGAGAUGUCAAACGGCCUCACGCAUGAAAAUAUUAAGAGUUAUCGUUUUCCUUGCCAUCGUGGUUGCUGCCUUCGUGUUCGCUGUGGUGAACAAACACGAAUAUCGGCUGCCGGACGACCCACUCGAAGCAGCACUCGAGAUUCUUGGGAGACAUCCACUUAUGGAUAGUCAUAUUGGUAAUUUGGCUGCUCUCGUCGGGAACCAUAACACCGAAAUAUUCAUGUCCAUUGCAGAUCUCCCAGAACUGGCGCGUGUCUACAGACGAAACAAUGUUAGUGAUAUCGAUCUCGCUAAACUGAUGCCCGGACACGUCGACAUUCCAAGACUUCGGAAAGGCAGAGUGGGAGGAUUCUUUUGGUCCGUGUACACAGCUUGCCCCUCCGAUCCUGGGGAUGAAUUUACCUAUCCUACCGCCGCAGUCCGUGACACAUUGGAGCAAAUCGAUGUCGCCAAGGGACUCAUCGAGAAACAUCCCGACGUGUUUCAAUUUGCGACAUCGUCCUCUGACAUCCGGAAGGCAUUCAGCCAGGGAAAGAUGGCCAGUCUGAUUGGGGUGGAAGGGGGCCACCAGCUUGAAAAUUCUCUUGCUGCACUUAGACAGUAUUAUGCUCUAGGUGUGCGGUACGUGACCCUGACGCACACCUGUCACAAUGCUUUCGCUGAUAGUGGUGGCUUCUUUGAACCCAUCCCACCACGCCACAAUGGACUUUCUUCCUUUGGCAAGGUUCUCAUUCAAGAAAUGAAUCGCCUCGGAAUCCUCGUCGACAUCUCACACACUUCGGACCAAACUGCUGUCCAAGCUCUCAAGCUUUCGCGAUCGCCCGUUAUUUGGAGUCACUCAAGUGCUCGCUCUGUCUGGAACGUCUCGAGAAACGUCCCGGAUGAGAUUUUAGAAUUGAUUGGGGAAGGCCCAGGGAAGAGGGACGCGGUCAUUCAGGUAAAUUUCUUCCCCGGCUUUGUCGCUGCAGAUGGCAAGGCCACAGUAGCAGCUGUUGCAGAUCACAUAGAACAUAUCGCAAGGAAGGCUGGACGGCAACAUGUUGGGAUAGGGUCGGACUUUGAUGGAAUAUCUUCCGUACCAAAAGGGCUGGAAGACGUCUCCAAAUAUCCCAAUCUAUUUGCUGAAUUGUACAAGCGAGGCUGGACUGAAAAAGAUCUUGCGGGUUUGGCAUCGGAAAAUGUCAUCCGGAUCAUCGAGGGUGCUGAAAGAACCGCAAAAUACCUACAGAGCUUGGGCAUGAAACCGAGGUACGACAUUUACGAUAAGAGAAAUGAUUUGUAG